UACACAGCAGAGAUGAGUCUGAACUUGGAGAGAGAUAUCAUGCCUGGAGAUCUCAUCCCUGCCCUCGGAAACCUACGUGUCGUCAUCAGCCUCAAAACAAAUAACAGCCAGGUGAACCUAGAGAUAAAAUCCUGCUGCCUCUCGCCCACCGUCAGACUUGAUGAAUUUAACACCACCUGCUGCAUUUUUUCCAGGCUGCCUAUAGACCCUCAUGGCAUUAGACUCCUUCCUAGCAUCCUGUCAAAGAGGGCCAGCUUCACCAUCAGUCUCUUCCAGAUGAUCAAUUACUCCACGGCUUACCUGCACUGUGACCUGAGCGUGUGUUUGAGGAACUAUUCUGAGUGCGAGAGGUGCAUUCAGAGUCAAAAUGCACAUCUCGGAAAGGAAGCAGGGGCCAUCUUCAGCAGCACGGGAAACCGCAUUUCCUUUGGCCCUGUUUUGAAAGAAGCAGACAAUUCAUCAUUCUCUGAAACAGCAGAUGACACUGAAGCCAUGGUGGUGAUCAUCAGCUCAGUGGCCAGCUGUUUGCUGGCGUGUUUGGCUCUCUUUCUUGUCUGGAUGGCAAACAGACGUUGUCUGCAAAGGUCUGCCUACUGCUGGUCCAGGGCCCUCUGUGAAUGCCAACAGAACAGAGCUCACUGCAAACCAGCCAACCAGACUAAAAUCUGCAUUGAGCGCUCAAUCAUUAUCUGA